CUGAGCGUGGCCAAGGCUGGUUGUGGGGGUCAGAGGCUGGAGCUGCCGUGCCCCCCAGGAAGCCGGACAUCCCCGUCCCCUACCUGUACGUGGACAUGGGGGUGGCCGUGCUCUGCGCCAGCUUCAUGUCCUUCGGGGUGAAGCGCCGCUGGUUUGCCCUGGGGGCCGCCCUGCAGCUCGCCGUGGCCACCUACGCUGCCCAUGUCGGUGGCCACGUUCACUACGGUGACUGGCUGAAGGUGAGACACCCUCCUACACCCCUCCCCCCCAGCCCACCCCGGCCUCGGAGGGGCCCAGGGGGGGUGACAGUGACCGCGGCGCAGGUGCGGAUGUACUCCCGGACCAUCGCCAUCAUCGGCGGCUUCCUCAUCCUGGCCAGCGGUGCAGGUGAGCUCUACCGCCAGAAGCCACGCAGCCGCUCCCUGCAGUCCACAGGGCAGGUCUUCCUCGGCAUCUACCUCAUCUGCCAGGCCUACUCCCUGCAGCACAGCAAGGAGGACCGCCUGGCUUACCUGAACCACCUCCUGGGGGGUGAGCUCGCCCUCCAGCUCCUCUUCAUCCUCUACGGCCUCCUGGCCCUCGCCUUCCUCUCCGGUUACUACGUGCGGGCGGCGGCGCAGGUGCUGGCGGUGCUCCUGCCCCUUGCCAUCCUCCUCAUUGACGGCAACAUCGGCUACUGGCACGACUCGCGCCGGGUCGAGUUCUGGAAUCAAAUGAAACUCAUCGGGCAAAAUGUCGGUAUUUUUGGAGCUGUCGUCAUCCUGGCUACCGAUGGCUGAGCGGGACGGCUGCCGGC